UGUUAGUCUGACCCCCUUUGAAGUCUGCCUUUAAUGAAGAAAGCAGCAUCUCUCCAAUUUGAUUGCAACCGGAGACAGGCUGCGCCCUCCCUCUGGCGAGAACGCACAAAAGAACAAGUGGAAAUUCAUCACCAAAAAGGCAUUUUAAAGUAUUUUUUGUUUCUUUUGAGAACUGUUUCACCACCCAAUCCGUCCGUAAAGGUAACUUUCUGUACACGCUAAUCAUGCAUCUGAAGUGGAUACGCAUAUCCGUUUUAAUUUUUGCGCUUUUCCUUGGGCGAUCGCGGAGUUCCCAAAUCAAGGCUGCCCGACUGGAACGCUGGGCAAAAACUGGAUUCCAGUAUCUGAAACUGAACCUCUGCCAGCGGGUCUCCUCCUUAUCGGAACCCGAGUGUAAACGGCUGGCCCAGUUGCCCCAGACCGGUGUGGCAGUCUACGCCUCGGAACCGAACUCGGGGGAGAAAGUGCUGGCGAUUCUCCCCGACUCGCCCAGUUCGAAAACAGGGAGACCUGCAAUGGGCAUGCGAUCAGGGACGGGGUUUUCCAAGUCAGAGGUGCACACAGACCGCAUCCGGUACUCGAAUCAGUCGGGAGCAGGGUUUCAGGGGUCCAAACCAGGCUAUGGUUUGGGUUCGGGUCCAGAAGUUGCUAAGCGGGUUCCGGGACUCGCCACAGAGCUCCUACCUGGUUCGACUGCGCAUGACGCAGUGUUAGCUUUGGAUCCGAGUCCGGGAGAAAGUUUUGGUCACCCCAUCAUCCUUUUCUACAUUGACUUCAACAUGAGCAAGAAGAAAUGUGGACACAGGGAAGGAAUUCAUAUGGGAGACGAGUGCAUGACCCUGGCCUUGAAGAGCCGCUGCGAAAACCUGCUGAAGAGGCGACAGAGCCGGAGCGAGAGGCAGGGCACCAAGGGACGGGCACGUCGGAGCCACCUGGCAGCGGGUCCACACUCCAGCCGGGCCAAGCGAAUGGGGGGCGUGUGCGAGGUUCAUUUUCUGCCCCUGGUGGUUGGCGUGAAGGACCUGAGCAGGACACAGCGGCUCCACUGCGUAGAGCACCGGGACUUUGCACCCUGCCCUCGCCCUCUCCCCAUCACCAGCCCCAGCCCGUCAGCUGCUAGCUGUGAGCUCAACAAGAACACCCGCCGCUGCCACCAGCAGCACCUGCUCACCCGCCAGUCGUGCCGCGUGUACCAGACCUGCGACCACGCCAUAUUGCUCUCAGGUGGAUGGCAGGAGCAGAUCACUUAUCAGCGUCACAUGCAAAACAUCCUGCAUUUCUACAGGAUGCUGAGGAGCAAUGGCUUUGAGAAAGAGCACAUUAAGACCUUUUUCGCAGGUGAUGGGCAAGCAGCAGCAGAGAAGGAGGCAGAGGGCAUCUAUCCUGCUACAGAGAAGGUGGCCAUUCGCAGUUACAUUUCCUACAUCUGCCGUGCGAUCCACUGUGCUGACUCCCUAGUGCUGUACCUCAACAGCCCAACCAGGAAUGAUGGAACCAUGCUGCUCUGGGACGUCAACAAGAAUGGCAUUGCGGACCCCAAAGAGAGAUACUCCGUGAAUGAGCUUCUGUCAGACCUCGAGAGCUGCCAGGCACGCCGUGUCCUGCUGUUCGUGGAGCAGAGCUACAGCACCACCCUGGCCAGGAAGCUGCGCAGCUCUGGGAAGCAUAGUAAUGUGGCCCUGCUCAGCGGAGCACCCUGGGGAGGCACCUUCUCUCAGUUCUGGGGUGCCCUGCACCCGGGGCAGUGUCUCGUUGACCACUUGCGCAAGGUACCUUCCACGCCACGAAUGCCAGAGACUGAUCUUGGGCUUCUUAACGUCACACUGUCCGGAGCCCCCUGCAAUGCCACCCCUCCCUUGACAGAAGCUGAAAUGCGCAAGGAGUACAUGGGCUGUCAGAACCUGCCUACUGCACUAUGGUACCAGCACCUACACAGACAAGGGGACAAGCAGGACUGAGAGAUCCAAAGGGGCACACACACCCACACACACUCCCUGGCAUGGAAAAUCGCAACCCCCACACCCUUCAGCACCCUCCUCAAUUCGGAAUGCGACGAAGUUCCACACCUCUAGACCAGCAUGGAUGUGUUUUUUGUUGGCUUUGCUUAUGUGUGUUUUAUGUAGGCGCUGAACCAAGACGGUGGGGGGCGGGGGGGUCUGUCCUUAAAAUCUGCUUCUGGCAAGAUGGAGAGUCAUCCACAUGCCAGGUUAUCUGUUUUUCUAAUCCAGUUAUAACUUUGCAGUACUGAGAAAUAAACAACUGUAUGGGAGGAUUACAUGGAGUUUUGCUUAUACACAGUGUAAGCACUUAUCUGGCACACAGCGGGAAUUGGAUUGCAAGAGAGAGAAAGAAAAAAAAACUUAAUUAGGAUUUGUUUGUAAAGGAGUUGCUUCUCGUCCUCAUGUUGAACUCCAUGUCUUAUAUGGUUAUUCCUUCUGGAAGGAACAUCUUGCUUGACAGCAUGGCUGAAAUGACAGUUUAUCUACAGGGAGUAGUUUGGAAAAGCGCUGUGCAAUGGGCAGUAAGUUCAUAUGCAGGACAGCUCAGCCUUGUGAGGAAGCUACCCACGGUUCAGGGCAGUAGAGCAUGAAGAACUGUUGGGUUUGAAAGGAGUCUUGAUUCACGUUUAGUAAUCUGUGUUGGAGUACGAUUAAAGUGGGCUCACUGGUCAAAAUAAUUAGGAAACUGCCUGAAGUAACAUGUCCUGCCUUUGUAAGCAGCAAGAAGCAAUCUGGACAGGAGGUGGCAUGUGUUCUACAGGGUUUCCAAAUAAUAACCUUCAGUUGAUCCUGUGAUGUAGGAUUAAUGGCAUGUGUAAUUGAAUUGAGUCCUCCAAUAUUCAGUAGGAGGGAGAUCCAGAGAUUUGUCUGGCAAGAGAAGCUUCUCACAUGCUCUGCUUGCCACAAAUUGCCUGCCACUAAAAAAAAGAGGGGCGUUCUAAUACUUUAUCCAGAGAACAUAUUCCAUCACAAACCCUUGAUGUACUUUGUGAGAUGAGAAUGAUUAGAUUAGAUUAGUUUCUUAUGCAGUGUGGCAUUUUGGCUUCCAAACACAACUGAACAGAAUUGAAAGAAAACGAAUUGGCUUGUUUUAGCAUUUGUCACUUGUGGUAUCAACUGGAAGUCAUUUUAAAAACAAUGUAGUUUUAGAGUCAGAUCUAUUUCGGUCUUAAAUCCGUCUAUUUGUUUCUGGGUUAGGGAACCACCAAAAAGAAGCCACAGAUGUCUCUUUAACCCAGGGUUCAUUCCAAUAUGCAUUAAAGGGGUGUUUAAUUUCUCUGUCUGAUUUGCACAUGGGGCUGUAGGUCAGUUUUCAACUGAGCUAUGCAUUCAUGGUCACUAUAUUAAAAGAUGAUAUCAUUUCAUCUGCUCUUGGGGCAGAUGCUCCUGGUCCAAAACACAGACACAGAAUAAUAGCAUUCAAGGCUGAUAAGGGUCAACAGCUUUCUUGGGCAUUAUAGCAAGCAAACCAUAAACAGAACAUAAUACUUCCGAAGUAUGGCAGACAAGGUAAAAGACUAUAUGAAGUAAUACUUGAGUGAAAAAUUGUGUCGUAUCAUCUUCUUCAGGUCUCUACCAACAGAGACACCUUUGUUCUUAUUGUUGUCUGAGCUUGCUACUCAGCCUGGGGCAUUGCCCUUUGAUAUUCCACUCCUAUAUAAGCUGUACUAGGGUUGAUUUGUGUUUACACUGUCAUUGCGAUGGGCCUCCAAGAUGGCCUGAGCCACCUUUGGAAGUGGUCAAGAUUUAAAAUGGAUUAGGGUCAUCUGCUUGUUUUUAUAGCACUCCCAAAUUGGAGAGGAGAUGGUCUCAAAAGGCCCAGUGCAAACAGUGUAAAGUGAAGAUAAUUCCCUCUUGUAUUAAAGCCUAGUUUUAUCUUAAGCUAACAUCUUUUUUUAAAAACUGCUUAAUGAAUCCCUGAUACCUGAGCACACAGGGAGACUGUUUACUAUUUUAUACUCUUGUCAAGAUUGAUUUUCUUUUAAUUUAGGUCCAUUAUGCAGAGCUUAUCCAAGGAACAGCAACAUCUUUGUUCCUGCCUAUUUAUUAUUCUUUUUAUUUUCAUUUAAUCCAUUUCAGUUUUAAAUUGAUUUCAGAACAUUUGUCAGAAUGACAAAGAUUUUCAGGGGUAAAUCCAGCCAACGUUUAACCGACUUGAGUUUUCACUGUUCUUUGUGUGAAUUCACAGAAACCCAGAUGUGGCGCACAUGAAUUUGAAAAAUGAAGUUCCAAAAAUCCUUUUGCUAAAGCCUUUGCGUGUCAGCUAAGAACAUUGAUUUAAAAAGUGGUUGGGAAUCGCCAUCAAUUGGUAUAAUCCUCAAAAUGUACAUCUACAUAUACAUAUAUCCUACAUACUGUACACAGUGUAAAGAAACACUGAGUGGCAUCAAAGCACAACAAAUGCUGUUGUUUAGCUUUCCAAAGAACAUUGCUCUCGCUGUGUAUGCCAACCAAUGCCUUUGAUAUACAUGCUUGUCCCUUAAAUAACAAAAAUGAAUCCAAACAAUACUGCAAAUCCAUAAUAAAUGAAAGUUAACAUUUUUAAAACAUACAUGACAGGUGGUUCAUUAACCACAUUUGUAUGAAAACACACUUAAGGCACUUAGAGAUCAGCAUUAUUAUUUAAAUAAGCCUACCAAGUACUUAAAGAGAAUCCAGGAUCAGAUGAACAAAUGAGCCAGCCAUAUAAUAUAUAUAUAUAUAAUGCAAAUAACGAUGCAAGCUGUUGUUGUUAAUAGUGUGGCUAUCAUAGUAAAUGUUAAGUGUUUUCCUUAGUUUCCUUGAAAUUCCAUUGUUCUCAAUGAACACAAGAUUAUUACUAUGUAAAAAAAGCAUCAUUUCUGACAAAAAAAAAAGGUUUUCAUGGUCUUCAAAAUGUUCAGUGAAGGAGCCACCACUGCUAUCAUGUCUUGGCACUGCUUCUUGUGCUAGCAGUCGGAAAGUGGUUUAUGGAAAAAAAAGGAAAAAUGAAAGCUUUAAAAUUAUUUUUUCGUAAACAGAUAAAAAUAUGAUUUCUGUCCCCGAAUAAAAUGUGUUUGUCACUUUCCAUUUUAUUUUUGUCUCAGCACCAUCAUUUGUAAUUGUGAAAUUUGGCAGUAUUGCCCGAGCAUGGAUGUUAUUAAAAUGUAUUGUAGUCAUUACUGUGGCUCUCUCAACACUAUUGAAAUAAGAUUACUUAUUAUUGUACCUAUGUAGACACACAUAUCAAAAGGAGAGUGUUUUAAUGUACCUCAUAUUUAAUUUUGUCUCUUACAGUUGUUCUUUGAGAGAGUACACCUUACACCUUUAUGAUGCUAUAAUACUACAAUAAAAAGUGAACUCAGCAUCUGAAAGGGCUUUUCACAGUACACACAAAUCAAAAUAAGCAACACAUCAAUGUUUGAUUAUUAUACACGUAAUAGGUUUGUGUGAACAUAUCCUUCACACAAAAAGAUUAUCAUGAACAGCAGUCACAAUCAACAACACUUCACAUCAUUGCUCUUAUCCCUUCUAAGGACAAAUCUGGCUUUAUGUGAAAUGCGGUAACAGAAAUAUGUGCCUUUUCUGAGAUGGUGACCAGUGUCUCUAUGUUUAGUCCAAAAAUGUUUUGAGAGGUUUUUGCUACUACACAGUAAAUUGAAAGAACGGUUUGUAACUGCUCCAUCAAGAUUCCUGUCAAUGUGAUUAGCUUUAUUAUUUAGAUUCUCUUGCCAGCUGUUAUUGUGAAAUGUUUUUCCUGUUGUGCAGAAUACUUACAUGGUCACUAAUGGUCCACUCCUAUUUGGAAAGCCGAAUGUUAUCAGUUCUACCUUUUAUUCUAUUGUGUAAACUCCUUAUUUGGAAUAUGAAAGGUAAUAUUCUAACUUGGAAUGAUUGGAAUACUGUGAGUGGGAUAUUCCUCUAGUUUUUGGGAUACUUUAAUUUGCUCCAGAGACAUAAAACCAUAGCACUUUGUCUCAAAAAGCACUGCUACUUUUUGGUCCAAUAAUGAAAUCAUGAUUUUGAAAGAACAGGAGAUUGUAAAAUGUUUUUAAGGAAAACAACAGAGGAUUUUCAAAGGGAUACGCAUUUGGGGCUUGAGUGAAUUAUAGACCACAUCUGUGAAAGUAAAAAUGACAACCAAAUAGGAAAUGCAGAAAACAAAAUGCUGUCACUUCUUAAAUAUAAGAACACCAGCACUCUACAAAAACACACAGGUAAACCACAAACACACUUUCAUUCUGUUUUGCAGUGGGAAACAGACUAUGUAUGCUUGGUAGCUUAAAGGGAAUAUUCUGUUUACCAUGUAAAUGCAGAAAAUGAGAAAUUCUGAUGCAUGUAAACUGACCAUUUCACAUACAUUCUAAUUUCUAAUAUUUCAAGUAUUCUGAAUACCUGUGCCGUGUAAAUUCAGCAAUGGUGUCACAUUUGGCAAGUUGUAAACUUAUGUCCUAUGAGUUAAAACCAAUAAAAAAGAAGUAGUGUGUAUAUUACAGGGUUCAGGACAUUUUGUAAGUUAUUUUCUGUAUAUAUCUAAGUGUUUGUUGUAUAAGGUGGUAGUUGUCCCGUUUAAUGUUUUGUGACAGAUGUGUUGAAAUUAAACUUCUCUGUUGUGUAUUUUAAACCACAGAGGGUAUAUGCUGCUGUAUAUAGUUGUAAUAAAUUAACUUUUGUACAUAG